AUGAUUCUCCAUGUAGAGAGUAAGAAUAAUGAGGCAGAGGCCUCCAGUGGUGAGUCCUCCAGCUGUUUGCGAGUUUUUGCGAGUCUUGCGAAGGCAAAAACAGUCAGCUCUGGUUUCCGGAGCUCGUUAGCGUCAUUGGUGCAAAAGUUGAACGAGGCUGAUCCUCACUUCAUCCGUUGCGUGAAGCCCAACCCGGAAAAGGUUCCGGACAAAUUUGCCUCUACCCUGGCCAUGGAGCAACUUACUUGUAGCGGUGUCUUUGAGGCUGUUCGCAUCCGCCAGUCUGGCUUUGCAGCUCGCGUCCCCUUUGGAGACUUUCUUGGCCGCUACAAGAUUGUGGUGCCAAAGGCAAAGCUGAAAGCCAUCCUCAGUUCAAGCUCGGAAGCGGACCGAGCCAAAGCUUUUGCAGAGGCCCUGCCAGAAGCCUUGGCUCCCUUGGGCGGUUGUGCAACUGGAGAUUUAGUCCUUGGAAAGAGCAAGGUGUUUGCAAAGCAGCCUGUGAUGAUUCGGCUGGACAAAGCAAGGGACAUGGCAGUCUCAACGUACGCUAUCGACAUCCAGAGAGUGUGGCGCGGCUACAGGACACGAAAGAUGCUGGCAACGUGCAAGGUAGUAGUCGCCCCAGCAUGUACUGUCCAACUAAACCAUAAGAGUAGAAAUUUCCACACUACUUGUAGAAAAACAUUUUUUUUUUGA